ACAGAAGUAAUUUACAACGUUUUGAAAGCGAAACUCUAGCAACAGUUACAGAGUUGGGAUGUUGAACACUCCUCAACAACACUCAACUUGCCGGUACAUGUCCAGCCGGGCGGGUGUCACAUCGCAUCCAUGACUGUCAGCUUAAAAAGUGCCUUUUAUCUCCUCACACCGUACGGAGCAAUGUGUUCAUUGAGCUGAUGGAGGAAGGAGAACCGCAGCCUGACAUGUUACACAGCUGCCCAAAGCUGCCGCUGUGGAUCAUAGAGUACGUCUGGGCUCACAAGAUGAUGGAUAUACAGGAAGUUGUGGAUGUUUCCCACUGGCCAGAGGUGGACUCACAGCCUCUAAGCCUUGAGGAUUCGUGGAGGCUGCGUGUUGUAUCUGCCCAGGUAUACUCCAUCAUGAAAAACAGGGACAUGGAGCACUUUGAGAGAGUGAUGGGCUUUCUCGAGGCCACUUACAGACUUCUGCCCAGACUUGUGGCACCCAUCAAACACAUGAAGAUCAUAUUUGGCCUCAAGACCAUGGUCAUUAUGUGGAUGCUCAGGGAGGGCAGAGGCAUGGCUGAUACUGUGUUUAAAAUCAUCCAGUUCUUCCCAAGUAAACUACCUCAAUACCAAGAUCAAUGUAGCCAACAUGAAAUGUUCCUCAUGAGAAAGAACCAUCUAGACUUUAAGGCUCUGGCACAAACACUCGCUGUGGACAAAGACAAACUUGAAGAUUAUAUCAAGAAUCAGAUGGAGGAGCAGUAUGGUGAACAUUAUGCCCAGAAAGUAGAGGACAGGCUGCUGCACUAUCUACAAGAACUGGAGACUGUCUUACCAAGAGAUACCUACAUCGAUAAGAUACUGAAGAAGGAAAGUCCUGUGACUGAAGAGGAGAAGCUGCUAUUGGAAGUAAUUACUUCUGACACCACCACCAUAGCAACAACCCUACAGAAACUGCUGCACUGUGAUGUUGCUUCCUGUUGUCCGAUCAGUGCUUCUCAGAAAUCAGAGCAUGAGGCAGAAAUGGAAAACUCUCAACUCCCAAAGUCUGUUCUAUAUGCCAGCUCCUCAAAGGCUCUUCUCAGGUCUCAGGUUAUUAGAGGAAAAGAGGCUGCACUGUCUAAAGACAACUAUUUUCUGCUGGAGGAUGAAUCUAAUUUGAGUGCACUGACAGUGGGUAAUGGCAGUGAUGGAGGAGUGAAAAAUGUAGCUAGUGUGCUGGAGAGAGAAGAAGGAAAUACUUCAGAGGAGGAAAUCAGUCAGAGAAGCAGUGAAUGUUCUCAGGAAGUGGUCUCCUCCCCUCAGUUCUGCUCCAAACAUCGGCGAUGGGUGAAGAGCAUCCUGCGACAGUGUCCUGAUGAGUGCUCAGAGGAGCUGCUGCUUCAGGCUAAUGUUUCUUUGUCCCCGCCAUUGUUCCAGUCUUCCUCCUCAACCUCUUCAUCACAGGACCUCACCCCUUCUGACCUCAUCCCAUGUCCCCCUAACCAACAACAUCCACCUUCACAGACCUCCACCCAUCUUCUGACAGCAGCCCAAGCAUCUGAACAAGGAAACCCUGAAGGUAAGAUGAGUUCUGGGCCCUCUACAUCAGCCAACAGUAGCCCUCAAAUGGAGCCUCUACCUCAGCCCUCUUCAUCCAAGGACACUCUGCUACCUGCUCUGCUGUCACCGGUUGUCAGACUGAUAGACAUUGCUACUGUCAGAGGGAUCUUACCUAACUUUAAACCCCAUGAAGCAUCUCCAAGUCACUUCACCAUGUCUAGUAAGAAACAAGCAGCUUCUACUUCUAGUCCUCAGGUACUAACCUUUUUACACUACCUUACCUCAGGGAACAAGGAGUCUACAUUUGACCAGCCAGAAACUGUGGCUCCAACAAAUCCCCCGAACACAAUGCACAAAGUGAAAACAGCUCCUGUAUCUCAGGAUGCCUCUACCAGUUGUCAACCACCAAAUCAACAGUCUUUCUCCAGACUGUCAAGAAAGUUCAGACAGGCUUGUACUGCCAGCAGGCAUUCACAGCUUCUAGACAGAUUCAGUCAAAACCCUUUAGCUGAGCAGUUCAGAAAGGCCCCAGCUAUCUUUCAGAGUUGUCCUCUCUUGCCCGAUGAUAAUGUCUCUGGGCCUCCUACACGCCAUGCUUCUAGCUGUGCUGCUCAAUCAGGGACUGUAUCCUCAAUCUGUACUGCUAGCCAAAUCCCCUUGACUACCAGCUCAUCUCGACAAGUUGUCCAUCAGAACUCCAUCAAACCUCGUCCUCAGACACACAGCACCAGUCCUCUUAAGUUAAAGACAUUACCAUGCACCACUGUCUUCUCCUGUACCUCCAACUCUGAUUGCCUGGCAGCCAAGUCUGAGACCAGUAGAGUUUCAAGAGCCCAGCUGAAGUUAUCGCUGCAGAGUCAGGCUGUGCUGCUGCAAUCUAAGCUGCUACAGCCCUAUGUGAGUCUUACCAGACUGAGGGUGCAGGAGUGUCACCAAUUGACUGAGGGGAGAUCUUCAAUCAGACAUGUGCUGUCUGUGGAACAAGCAGGCAAUAGUGACUACAGUGAGGAAAGGAGGAGGAGGAGGGAGGAGGAAGAGGAUGCAGAUUCCUCUUUUGAUCUCAACACUCUUUACUCCAGUCAUUCGUCAAGUAGUGACAUUGAGGACUCUCCUGAUUCCGAUCCUGACUACAAGCCUCGCAUUAAAAAGAAAAGACUUCUCUUAGAGUAUGUGACAGCAGUGAGCCUGAAUAAUACAUGAGAACCUGAACAUACAGAACAAUUCAGUAUUGCCAGUCUCAGGUUCAAGGAGGUGAUAUCACCGCUGACAUCAACUUCAUUUCCAAUAAAGUUAGUGCCAAGCUAACUUUUAAGUUAGUGAAGACAUUAGUUAGUGACUUACAUUCUUCAUCUGGAUGUGUAAACAGACAAUAGUUGUCUAACCUGUUACCUUUAUCAGCUUUACAGGGGAAUAUGUGAAAUGAUUUUAUAAUAAUAAUAAUAUGAUACAAUAAUUUAUAAUAAUUUUUAGAUUUUUAGCUGGUGGCUUUCUGCCCUAAGCCCCCCCCCUCAAAAGAAAUAUCAAUGCAGCUUUAAAGAACGUUUGAAAUUUUUAAAAGACUGUUAUUUAAUAACGCUUAUUUAAAAUGACCUGAGACCUCUGGCUUCCAACUCUGAUUGAGCAGUGGUGACUGCACUAUUGAAGAAAAAAGGGUUAUUUUAAUUGUUUGUAUGGUGCUUCAUACAUUUAUAAAGCUGUUACAUGACCUUUUGAAUUUAAGACUAAGAACUGUAAUUGGAAAAGAAAACUAGAAAUGUUUACAAUGCUAAUACACAUUUCGAUGUAACAUAACCUUCUGACUUGAAAUCCACCAUGCAUCUGUUCUCAACUAUUAAUGUAGCAUUUACUGUAGCAGCUGUCUAUUGAAUGUUUGAGUGUUUUGUAACCAUCAAAAAUGGUUUGUCAUUAUAAAUUUGAGAACCACUGAGGAAUCAGAAUAAAACAGUCUUUAGAUGUGC